AAAAAAAAAAAAAAAAAAAGUGGAGAACUUUACCCAUUUUCAAAGGCGAGUGAGGCCAUAUAACGGAUCCCUGUAAUUUCAAAUUCAAAGCGGUAAAAUUAUGAAAGCUAGGCAGAGUCUCCGUGGCGCCAUAGACCUAUUGUUCUCGCGCGGCAGCGCCACCGCCGAGACCUACACGCGGCUCGUGCUCAAAUGCGUUCGAGCCAACGAUGUCGCCGCAGCGAAGAGGUUGCAAUCUCACAUGGACCUUCACUCGUUUCAGCCCACCAAGACUUUCGUCCAUAACAGGAUCCUCCAGCUCUAUGCAAAAUACGGAAAUCUUGCUGACGCCCGCAACCUGUUCGACAAAAUGCCCAAGAGAGACAUUUACUCGUGGAAUUCCAUGCUUUCUGCUUAUGCGAAAUCCGGGUCCCUUGAGGAAUUGGGGACAAUGUUUGAUCAGAUGCCUUCGCGGGAUUUGGUCUCGUACAAUACGGUGAUUGCUGGUGCUGUGGCUAAUGGGUGUUUGAGCAAGGCGUUGGAGGCUUUUGUGAAAAUGCAAGAAGAAGGACUCGAGCCUUCGGAGCAUACUUUUGUGAGCAUGUUGCAAGCUUGUACCAGAUUGCUGAAUUUUAGGAUUGGGAAGCAAAUUCAUGGGAGAGUGGUUGUUCGUAAUUUGGAAGGCAAUGAGUUUCUUUUGAAUGCGUUGAUCGAUAUGUACGCCAAGUGCAGUGGCAUUGAUCAGGCUCGGUGGUUGUUUGAUUGGUUGGUUGAUAAGGAUGUGGUGUCCUGGAAUUUGAUGAUUUUCAGGUAUUUGAAAAACGGGCAGCCUGAAAAAUGCAUUGAUUUGUUUCGUGCAAUGCAAGCAUCAGGUUUGAAGCCUGACCAGGUUGCGGUGUCCAAUGUUAUCAGUGCUUACUUUCAAACCGGAAAUAUAGUAGAAGCAAAGAAGGAAUUUGAUGGGAUCAAGGAGAAGGAUAAGAUUUGUUGGACAACAAUGAUAGUAGGAUAUGCGCAGGUUGGCAGAGAAGAGGAUGCUUUGAUAUUGUUCGGUAAGAUGCUAUUGGAAAAUGUCAGGCCUGAUAGUUUUACCAUCUCAAGUAUAGUUAGUACCUGUGCAAAGUUAUCGUAUUUGUAUCAUGGACAGGUUGUUCAUGGAAAGGCAGUGCAUAUGGGAGUCGUUAAUAAUUUGCUUGUGUCUAGUGCUCUGGUUGAUAUGUAUUGCAAAUGUGGAGUUACUGAAGAUGCUUGUGUGGUUUUUGAAUUGAUGCCGUCACGGAAUGUGGUUUCUUGGAAUGCUUUGAUUACAGGAUAUGCACAAAAUGGGAAGGACCUAGAAGCCUUAUCCCUAUAUGAGAACAUGCUACAAGAAGACAUAAAGCCAAAUAAUGUUACUUUCGUAGGUGUUUUAUCUGCUUGUGUCCAUGCUAAUUUGAUUGAAGAAGGACAGAAGUAUUUCGAUUCAAUAAGUGAACGAAGUGGUACGGCUCCCACUAUGGAUCAUUAUGCAUGUAUGGUGUGUCUCUUUGGCCAAUCAGGUUGCAUAAACAAAGCAGUAUGUCUUAUUGAAACUAUGCCUUAUGAACCGAAUAGCUUGAUUUGGUCGACUCUUCUAUCUGUUUGCGCAGUGAAAGGUGACAUUGAACAUGCCAAGAUAGCAGCUAAGCAUCUCUUUAAAUUUGAGCCACUCGGUGCUGGACCAUACAUCAUACUCUCCAACAUGUAUGCUACUUCUGGAAGAUGGGAAGACGUGGCGCGUAUAAGGUCUCUCAUGAAGGACAAGCAUGUCAAGAAGUUUCCUGCUUACAGUUGGAUUGAGAUUGAAAACAAUGUUCACAAAUUUUCAUCAGAAGACCGAACUCAUCCAGAAACACAACAAAUUUAUGAGGAACUAAACAAACUGAUAAGGAAACUGCAGGAAUCUGGGUUUACUCCCAACACGAAACUGGUUCUUCAUAACGCUGGGGAGGAGGAGAAGUUUGAGUCCAUCUGUUAUCACAGCGAGAAACUUGCUCUUGCAUUUGGUUUAAUCAAAAAACCUAAUGCAAGGAUACCCAUAAGGAUCAUAAAGAACAUCCGUGUUUGCGGAGAUUGCCAUGAGUUUAUGAAGCUUGUGUCUCAAGCUACUGGAAGGGCUAUCAUCUUAAGAGAUUCAAAAAGGUUUCACCAUUUUAAUGAUGGGAAUUGCUCCUGCAAGAACUGCUGGUGAAAACCAACAUUUGAAGUGAAGGAUUCAGUUUGGAUAUCCCAUUUGGUAGGCCCUGCACUGAAGCCUAUAGGACCAGAUCCAUCUAAGCCCAAUCCAUAGAAAAGAAAAAUGUCCCAACUUUACUAGCCCCAAAAGAAGAGUGCACAAGAGCCCAUCAACCUACUGGUAGCCCUAAGAGGAAAGCCCUGCAGGAGGCUUAGGCGUCCGCAAGAGGAGAGAAACUUGCCCAUCAAAGUUGUGAAGGUAUCUGAAACCGAUAAAACAAUGUCAUGUAAGAUGUUUAUCGCUGGUGAUAAUAAGGAAAUAAAAGUUGCCAACCAUUCUAAUUUUCA